CUCUCUUCCGUCGCGCCUGCGCCGUGAACUCUUGUCGGCGCUAAGGUUGUGGUGGUUUUUUGGACUAGGUAUGAUGCGUUUUUGCUGCUGAAAGAGAUGCGCUCUGGUGCAGCAGUCAGGGCUUGUCACAAAGUCUGCAGGCGUCUGUUGUCUGGGUUUGAGGGUCGAGUAGAUGGAGGACAGCCUGAGCGGUUGACGGAAAGGAGUAAGUCCCUCGGAGGACACCUGACGCCCCACACGGAGCAUCCCCCGGAGAGCGAGCAGAUAGAAAUCCCGGAGUCCGCAGAGGGCGGCGAGGCGUUGUUAGAGGUCUGUCAGAGAAGGCAUUUUCUUAACGGAACGAAACACGUUAGCCGAGAUUCUCUUCUGCGGGGGUGCCACCACGGCUUUGGACCUCUAGGCGUAGAGUUGCGGAAGAACCUGGCCGCAGAAUGGUGGUCCUCCGUGGUCGUGUGCAGAGAGCAGGUCUUCCCGGUGGACGCCCUGCACCACGACCCACGACCCUCGCUUCUGGGGGACGGGGCCUUCAGGUUAGUUUCUGCAGAAGCCCUACGCGAGAUCUUGCAAGACAAAGAGCUGAGUAAAGAGCGGCUAGUAGCAUUUCUUGAGAACUUACUAAAAACUUCUGGGAAACUACGGGAGACUCUUCUUCAUGGUGCCCUGGAACACUAUGUUAGUGGCCUGGACCUGGUAAACAAGAAGCUGCCUUAUGGCCUUGCUCAGAUAGGAGUGUGUUUUCAUCCUGUUCCUGGCACCAAUGAGCUCCCCAGUGGUGUUAAAAGAAUUGGUGAGAAGACGGAAGCCUCGUUGGUGUGGUUUACUUCUUCGAGGACCUCAAGCCAGUGGCUUGAUUUCUGGUUGCAUCAUCGGCUGCUGUGGUGGAGAAAGUUUGCCAUGAGUCCAUCUAACUUCAGCAGUAGUGAUUGUCAGGAUGAAGAAGGACGAAAAGGGAACAGACUUUACUACAGUUUUCCCUGGGGAAAGGAGCCAAUAGAAGUGAUUUGGAAUCUGGGUGACAAAGAACUCUUACACAUGCAUCCUGGAGAUGUGUCUAAACUACACGGCCGCGAUGGGCGGAGACCGGUGGUCCCUUCUGUCAUCUCUGUAAGCGGGGACCUAGACCGAGGCAUGCUGGCUUACCUCUACGAUUCUUUCCAGCUCACAGAGAAUUCUUUUACCAGAAAGAAAAAUCUUCAUAGAAAGGUACUUAAACUUCACCCUUGUUUAGCCCCUAUUAAAGUUGCUUUGGAUGUGGGAAGAGGUCCAACUGUGGAGCUGAGACAGGUUUGUCAAGGGCUAUUUAAUGAAUUACUAGAAAAUGGAAUCUCUGUGUGGCCUGGUUAUUUGGAAACUGUGCAGUCCUCACUGGAGCAGCUUUAUUCAAAAUAUGAUGAAAUGAGCAUCCUCUUCACCAUUUUGAUUACCGAAACUACUUUGGAGAACGGAUUGAUACAGCUGAGAAGUAGAGAUACCACAAUGAAGGAAAUGAUGCAUAUAUCAAAGUUAAAAGACUUUUUAAUCAAGUAUAUAUCGUCAGCUAAGAAUGUAUAGGUUUUCAUAUUUAUAUAAUAAACAUUCUCCUUUGCUCAUUUGUCACAUGUUGAUUUACUUUUGGGGGGGUUUUGGUUUUUUUUGCUUUGUCUUUUACCCUUAAGAAGUAGACAUUUUUGGUACUUUCCUUGAUUCAUUUUUUUCAUUAUCCUUUUAAUGUAUUCCAUUGUGUCAAGAGUAUGUCAAACUACAAGAAACAAAAAUCCUGCUUCACUGGAUUAAGCGAGUUGGGGUUUGUUUUUCUUGUAUAACACAAAAUUCAAGGGAGAGACUGUCCCAAACGGUAGACUGUUUAUUCUCCAGUUAGGGACCCAGGCACCUUAUUUCUGUUGUACUAUCUUUCUGUACAUUCGAUAUCAAAUCCAGAGAUUUGGCUGGUUUAUAAUUCCCCUUUGAGGGAAUGACAAUGUUUCUUAAACAGUUGUAUUCUGUAUCAGGGGGCCUUAAUGUUUGAUUAUUUCUUUUUUGGGGUUGCUGGCAACCAUCAAUACCUAGACUGAUCAGUUUAUUAAAUUUGCAAAAAUAGUGAUAUUCUAAAAAAUAAAAUAAAGUAUAGUGAUAUUCUG